GCAAGUAGGGCAAGCGGCUGGAGCUCAGAACUGCAAUUCCAUCCUGCUUGCAGCCUACUUCCCUCCACUCAUCAGCUCAGCGCUGCGUUAAGAAGAGGGCCACAACACUUUUUUUGUGUCGGGUCAUUUCUCCUACAAGGAUAGCUGCAACAACAGGAGGAAAACAUGGUCAAAUUCAUGCGACAGCACCGUGAGCUCAAAUCCGAAGAGACUCUGUCGGAGGAGUCGGAUGCGUCCGUGGACCAGCAGGACUUCACAGAGAUGACCGAGUAUGCCUUUAACGACGUUUUGUAUUCCAAAUGUUCCGCAAUGGACAAAAUCGACACUUUUAUGAAAAACGUGCAAGUGUUGCUCGAUGCUGCGCACUACAUUGAGAAUAUAGAGAAGAAUAACGGAAAAUGUGAACAUGGAUAUGCAUCAUCAUACCCUGAAACGGAGAUCUCACUGCAUCAGAAACAACGGAAAUUUAAGAACAAGAAAAUGGACCAUAUUCACAAUAGAUCAGCACAUAACGAACUGGAGAAGAACCGACGAGCACAUCUUCGCCUGUGUCUGGAGAGGUUGAAGUCCCUCAUACCCCUUGGGCCGGACUGCAGUCGGCACACUACGCUAGGUCUGCUUAAAAAGGCCAAGUCACAUAUUAAGAAACUGGAGGAGGCCGACAGGCGAAGCCAGCACCAGCUGGAGAACCUGGAGAGGGAGCAGAGACACCUCCAGAGGCAGCUGUCCAACCUCAGUCCAUCAGGGGACCGGGUGUCCAUGGACACUCUGAGCUCCAUGUUGGACUCCUCCGACCGCUCAGAGGAUUCUGAUCGAGAAGACAUCGAAGUGGACGUGGAAAGCACAGAGUUCUCCCAGGGCGAGAUGGACAGCAUCAGCCUCAACGGGGGCAGUGACCUGGAUGACCAAAGCAGCAGGCAGAGCCUGGCCAGCGACGAAGGAUACUCCACCUGUAGUCUAAAACUCGCCUUCUCGGCUUAAAGGAAAAAACACACAACCAUGUCCAUCAAUUCCUCUCCAGCUGCUGCUGUCUCAUAGAGCUUUCACACACGUCUCACACAGUACAUAUACUCCUUCCCGAGGAGAAACCAGCCUGAAACCUUCCAUCUCUUCACCGAAAUAACUAUCUUCAUGAGUGUUCGGCUUUCCUGUCGAAAGUUCCCGAUAAGUUCGAUCCACUUAAAUUCUAUCGACUAUUUGUUUCCUAAUUUCCUCAAGUCCUGAUCAAAGCCAUUUGCUACAACGAAGACUCAAGUCAACGUAAUCAUACAUAGUCUAUUUUAAUAUAAACCCCCCCAAAAAAACGAAUCUUCUGAGUUUCUAGGAAGUACCCUACGUCUCAUUCGUUCCACUUGCACAAACCAAUCCUGACGCAAAGCCACGAAGUACAUGCCCUUUAUCAAAUCCUUGCAGUAGUAAACCAGUACACUGUAAUGUAAUCCUAUGUACUUACUUAAAUACCAGCGGCCAACAACCAGCUAGAAGCUCACCAGAUAUUAAAAAACAAACAAUCUAGUUUGCUUUGUAAUAAUACGGUCCAACCCGAGACAUUAUAUCCAAACAGCACUUCUUGUCGUUCACUAAGUCAACGGGAAGGGAUACAAAAUCUGCAUUCCAACAGAAUUGACAUUUCUAGAGACUUCUGCCUUGAGAUCUAACACCACCUGAGGGUUUGGGGGCCAAGAGCCCCCACCUUCUGUGGGACGAUUUGGGGGGGAGGGGUUCGAACAGGUAGCUGACAUGUGAUUUAAUUUAUUUUGCAAAUAGUUGUGUAGUAUUUAUUUUUGCUAUAUUUAAUUUGUUAUUUAGCGAAUACUUGGACACACUUGAAUUGGAAGGACAAAAGCACCCUGUGAUUUUAAUUUAUUGCUCAUUAUGUGCUGAAUAUUACAGGACAAAAUAUGGCCACCAUUCUACUACGUAUGUAGUGCUACAAGGCAGCCUCAAUUUGUUUAAAAAAAAACCGCAAUGGUCUUUUGUCUAAAUUAUGAUUUACAUCUCAUGCCAAUUUGUACAAGACAUGAAACCAUGAUAUUAAACAGUAAUAAGCUACUUUGCCUUGUCGAAGCACAAGAGUCGAGCAAUAAGUUGUCCAAAUUUGUACGGUUGGCUGUGUUUGGCACACCACCUGCCCCAACCCAAAAUUAAAUUCAAUGUUUUUUUGUUUGCUACAAUGGUACCAGAACAUAAUCACUGGUAGAGAAAAAAAAUGAUUGUAAUGAACAAAAGCUAUGGUGCAUGUGUUUUGAAUGUAAUCUUUUCAUGUAAGUUUUAUGCUAUGAUUUUACAAGUCUUCAAAGAUGUCUGGAGCAUGAACAUUAGAGAAAAAAUAACCAUUUAAUUGUAUUUUCAGUCGCAUCUUUUUCUAUUGUAGCCGAAACGUAUUAUUACGUUGGAAUAUUCCUUUCGACACUACCCAUGAAUUAAAAAUAUAUAUAUAUACACACACCCAAUUGCACUGGUAACCUCCUCUACCCAAAGAAAACCAAAUACAUUUGAGUAUACCACCACCUAUCUACAAACUAUUGUGAAACGAGUCUGAUGUAGAUCACCAACACCACCAAAUGUGUCUUAACAUGGCUAAUUGACUUAAUUGCACAAAUUUCCUUGCUAUCAAGUCUUUUUCCACAUUUUGUUAUUUGGGGGAAAAUUGUAAAAUGCACUAUGAAGAAGACUUGACCGUCGAAAGCACACCAAGGAUGUUCCUGUGUGCUACAAAUCAGCCAAUCGGAGGCGGCUUCUGCACAACAUACUGCUGGUUCCCUUCCCUGCUUGUAUGCUAUGGUUCCUAACAGCUGUCCCUGGAAUCGUAAUAAAAAUAUCACACUCGCAA